AUGGGGGGUUGCGCCCGACACUCUGCUAACCUGCAGCAGUAUUGGGUGCCGGACCUCAAGCUGCUGCUGUCUGAGUGCCUCUCCUGUAAGAUUCGGCAGCUCUUCGGCCGCAGCCUCAGCAGCUUUGAGAUUCUUGACAGGGGCGGCACCACGCUGCUGUUGCCGGUGGGGACGUGGCUCAGCGGCAGCUUCAACCUCACCAGCCACAUGACGCUCUUCCUCGCCAGGGGAGCCGUGCUCAAGGCCACGCAGGACACGAGGAGCUGGCUGCUGAUGGAGCCGCUGCCGUCGUAUGGCAGGGGCAGGGAGCUGCCGGGCGCGAGGUACGCCAGCUUCAUCCACGGCAACGGCCUCCGCGACGUUGUCAUUACAGGUGAUAAGGGAGUCAUCGACGGCCAAGGUGAUGUGUGGUGGAACAUGUGGAGGAGAAGGACUCUGCAGCAUACCCGGCCCAACCUUGUGGAGUUCGUGCAUUCCAGUGGCAUCCACAUCUCCAACGUUGUUCUCAAGAACUCACUUUUCUGGAACAUCCACCCUGUUUAUUCCGACUUGCCCAUGCAAGGCUCCUCCUUCCGGAGGGCGAAAACGCGGCACUCAACGACAGCAAGUCUUUCUCCAUCCGAGGCGGCAGCGGCGAGGGCGGGGGCCGGGGCUUCGGCGUGAGCAUCGGCCACGGCGGGCACGACACGUCCAUCGGCAUCGGCGGCGGGUUAGGAGGCGGAGCUGGCACGACCCGUGGCGGCGGCGCAAGCGCGGGCGGCGGAGCGGGCGCAGGUGUCGGCGUCGACGUCGGCCGCGGCAGGCUGGACGUGGGGAUCGGCGGCGGCGGGGGUGGCGCGGCUGGCGCCGGCGGUGUGCGUGCCGGGGCUGGCGGCGGAGGGGGUGUUGGGUUUCAUGUUGGUCGUGGUGGGGUGAGCGUGAGCACUGGGGGUGGGGGUGGGGGAGGAGGGGGAAGUGGGGGAAGCAGCGAAGGCGGUGGCAGUGGCGUUGGACGUGCUGGUAAUGCAGUGGGCGGUGGAGGAGGGUUUGGGGGCUCUAAUGGCGGUGCCGGAAGCGGAGGAGGCAGUGGAGUUGGAUCGGGUGGUGGAGCUGUGGGCGGCGGCUCCGGUGGCGGUGGCGGCCAAGGUUAAUCGAGAUUAAAUGUUACUCCCUCCUUUUCAUUUUCCUAAUGAAAGGAAGUGAGUAACAUUUCGACAAGAAUUACUGUCAAAAAUAAAUGUAUCUAUUUUUAAAAUGCGUCUAAAUAUAUGUAUAUUUUGACAAGAGUUAUGAAACAGAGAGAAUACGUAUUACUGUCUA